AUGAACAACAAUAACUUGGAAGAUCUUGAUUUCUCCGACAUUGCCAAAACUUCUGGUCAAACUGUAACGCAUCUAAACGCUUCCAGUAAUAAGAUUUCUGGCAUAUGCGAUCAAAAUCUUGGAACCUAUUUUUCAGCCCUUAAAAAGCUUGAUCUUAGAAAGAAUCGAAUUAAAUCGAUCAGUGAACGAUGUUUUAAGGGAUUGGUCAAGUUAGAAACGUUGUUGAUGCAGGAUAAUUAUUUAGCUUAUAUUAAUAGCCAAUCAUUUUAUGGGCCGCCUAAUCUCAAUACAAUCCUAAGCAGACGAGAAUAUUUAUGCUGCAUGGUGCCUGCAAAAGUAAAAACAUGCACUCCAAGCAUGAAUUCGGAAAUAUUAUCGUCAUGCCAACGCUUAUUAGCCCACUUUUCGCUGCAGGCUUUUAUUUGGAUUGUGGGUAGUUUAGCUUUGAUUGGCAACAUCGUUGUUCUCUUGCAGAAUUAUGCAACAAAUCAGGGCAAAAAGAAGUCAGUUCCAAUCUGUUUAAUCAAUAAUCUAGCCAUAUCCGACUUACUGAUGGGAUUAUAUCUGUUAAUCAUUGCAAUUGCUGACAUUAUGUACUCAACGAUUACGUACGGUACCGAUUCCGAAUCAUGGCUAUCUCAUCCAGUAUGUUAUAUUGCUUGUGGCCUUGUGGCUAUGUCUAGUUUAACAUCAGUUUUAAUCAUGAUUGUCAUCAGUGUGGAUCGAUAUAUAUGCAUUGUUUACCCAUUUUCCACCAGGAAAUUAACCUUGCAAAAGGCAAUGACGGUCAUGGGCUUUAUGUGGAGUUUAGGUAUUGCAUUCUCUGCAGUACCGACAAUUUUCAGCAUUGAUCAACCGGGUUAUUUACGAUUAUACACCUAUAAUAGCAUGUGUAUGCCAAAUAACUAUCAAAAUUUAUAUUACAUGAUCUGGAUGAUUUCCUAUUUACUCAUAACAGUGAUAGCCUGGAUUAUCAUGAUUGUUCUUUAUGCAUGCAUUUUCAUAGCAGUACGAAAAAGUAGCAAAGGAAUAAGAAAAUCAUCUACAAAUGACAACAAAGUUCUUGCGAUACGAUUAUCAUUGAUAUUGUUAUCCGAUUUAAUUUGUUGGUUGCCGUAUUAUUAUAUUAACCUAUCAGGAUUUAUUCAGACCGGUAGGGUUGAUCUUAUAGCUUUACAAUUUAUCGGCAUAUUGACACUGCCAAUCAACUCUGCCGUGAAUCCAUUUCUAUAUACGAUCACCAAUAUUGAGGUUUUACAAAAAACCUUUAGCAGAAGAAGUCGUCGAAGUACUACUGGUAGUAGAAGUACCUCGGUAAAAUUGUCGCAAAUUAAUCGCUCGGAUGUGACUAAUUCAAGCACGAAAUAG